AUGGGGCUCCGCGCUUUGCUGCUGCUGGCCUCCCUCCUGGCCGUCGGCUCGCCGCUGAUCAGAAUCCCAUUGAAGAAGUUCCCUUCAAUGCGCAGCAUCUAUAAUGAAUAUGGGACCGAUAUCCAAGACCUGAUUGAGAUGGGGGAAGUGCUGAAGUACAAAUAUGGGGGUCCAGAUGCGACUGAUCCUACCCCAGAAGCUUUGAAGAACUACAUGGAUGCUCAGUAUUAUGGAGAGAUUGGCAUUGGGACACCACCGCAGAAGUUUACUGUAGUCUUUGACACUGGAUCAUCCAAUCUCUGGGUGCCCUCCGUGCACUGUCACUUGUUGGACAUUGCUUGCUUGCUACAUCACAAAUAUGAUUCUGGCAAAUCCAGCACGUAUGAGAAAAAUGGAACUGACUUUGCCAUCCAUUAUGGAACGGGGAGCCUUUCAGGAUAUCUCAGCAAAGAUACCGUAUCGCUUGGUGACUUGAGCGUUAAGGGCCAGAUGUUUGGUGAAGCCGUCAGCCAACCUGGGAUCACCUUCAUUGCUGCAAAGUUUGAUGGCAUCAUGGGCAUGGCUUUCCCCAAGAUCUCUGUGAAGAAAGUUACACCUUUCUUUGACAAUGUGAUGCAACAACAGCUGUUGGACAAGAACGUAUUUUCCUUUUAUCUCAACAGGGACCCAAAAGGAUCAACUGGAGGAGAAUUGCUUCUAGGAGGAACAGAUCCACAGUAUUAUAGUGGAGACUUCAACUAUGUGAAUGUCACUCGUAAAGCUUACUGGCAGGUCCACAUGGAUAAGGUUGACAUUGGCAAUGGCCUGACUGUGUGCAAAGAUGGCUGUGAAGCUAUUGUAGACACUGGGACCUCUCUCAUUACUGGGCCAUCUGAUGAAAUUAAGAAGCUGCAGAAAGCUAUUGGCGCCAAGCCAAUAAUUAAAGGACAGUAUAUGCUUGAAUGUGACAAGCUGUCUUCCCUUCCUGUGGUGAACCUGGUCCUAGGUGGCAACUCGUAUGCCCUAACUGCAGAUCAGUAUGCCUUAAAGGUGACUGUUCAAGGGGAAACUCUUUGCCUGAGUGGAUUUUCAGGCUUGGAUGUCCCACCACCUGGCGGCCCUCUUUGGAUCCUCGGAGAUGUAUUCAUUGGCCCGUAUUACACCGUUUUUGACCGCGAUAAUGACUCAGUUGGUUUUGCGAAGUGUAGUGGGAAAGUAUAAAAGCUACUGAAUCCUGCCUUCCACAGUCUCU